AUGCAGCUUAUUCUUCGUCAAUGCAUACCUACGUUUCUUGAGGUCAGUGCCUUACAACAGAUGAUACCGGAUGACGCCCUGGAGCAGGCCAUCCGUGACGAGCGUACGUUAACUACGCAACUCUGCAUCCUCGAGAACCUGGAAGGAAUUAAGAUCGUUAACCAAGUGUUAGCUGCCAACCGGUCUGCCCCCUCACUGGAAGGCCAGCGUGCCCAGGCACAGGAGCUAAGUGAUAACUGGUCGUUACAGGAUGGACUACUCCUGCACCAGGGACGUCUAGUGAUUCCAGAAGAAGAUCUAGAGCUGCGCACCCGACUUCUAGAGAAAAUAUACAGCCAGCGUUUGACUGCCUACCCGGGACGCAUGAAGACCCGCCGCCUUUUCCAGCAACGAUUCUACUGGCCGGGAUAG